AUGUCUCUGAACCAGAUGCAAAUCAAGCAGGAGCUGACGCUCCCCCCCGGCCUGGGUAAAACCACCCCAAAACCGAUCCCGGAGCCCCAAAAUCCCCAGAUCCCGGUGCCCGCUCCUUGCCCCGAGCCGCUCCCGGCGGUGGCGAAAUGCGAGGAAAAAGCGAUUCCAGCGGCGGGCGUGGAACCGGGAAAAGGGGAAAAUCCGCCCCAGGAGCAGCAGCAAGCAGAAUUCCCUCCGAAAUUCCCGCUGGAAGAGAAAUCCCGCCCGGAACCGACGCUGGAGAGGCAGGAGGCCAAGGAGAUCCCGGUUCCCUGCGCCCAGGAGAAGCAGCAGCGCCAGGAAACCCCGGUGUCCAUCCCAGAAAAGCAGGAAUGCAAGGAAAUCCCGGUGUCCAUCCCAGAAAAGCAGGAAUGCAAGGAAAUCCCGGUGUCCAUCCCAGAAAAGCAGGAAUGCAAGGAAAUCCCGGUGUCCAUCCCUGAUCCACACCCUGACCCUGUCCCGUGUUCCCAGGAGAAGCAGCAGUGCCAGGAAACCCCGGUGUCCAUCCCAGAAAAGCAGGAAUGCCAGGAAAUCCCGGUGUCCAUCCCCGAUCCUGUCCCGUGUGCCCAGGAAAAGCAGGAGCGCAAGGAAAUCCCGGUGUCCAUCCCAGAAAAGCAGGAAUUCCAGGAGACCCCAAUCCCCAUCCCAGUUUCGUGCCCUGAACCCAUCCCGCCUUCCCAGGAAAAGCAGGAGCAAAAGCAGGAAUGCCAGGAAAUCCCGGUGUCCAUCCCCGAUCCUGUCCCGUGUGCCCAGGAAAAGCAGGAGCGCAAGGAAAUCCCGGUGUCCAUCCCAGAAAAGCAGGAAUUCCAGGAGACCCCAAUCCCCAUCCCAGUUUCGUGCCCUGAACCCAUCCCGCCUUCCCAGGAAAAGCAGGAGCGCAAGGAAAUCCCCGAAAAGCAGGAAUUCCAGGAGAUCCCGGAGCAGCGCUCCCUUCCAGAGAAAUUCCCUCCCCUGGAGCAGCAGCUGGAACAGCCCGGCCUCUGGCAGAAGUAG